CGCAAAAGUGCAUUGAAUGCCGCGUCAGUACACGUGUGCGAGAGUUUGGAUGUUUUUUUUUCGUGAAUGUGUGAUGAAUUAGGCCAUUAUCAGGCCAUUUAUCAUAUUAUAGUCUCACUCAGGGCCUUGGAACUUCAAAAGUGGUAUAGCCUCAGCCGAUAGUCUGAGCACCAGUCAUGGGCAAGGCGAAGCGUAUUCGCGUGUCGGGGCCUCCGGAUCAGGAGGGCGCCGCCAGUCUGCACGAGCAGAUAGUGGCAGACAGGUUCGCCCGCCCGUCGGCUCGUAACAAGAAACGCGCCCACAUGGAGGAGGAGAACUUUGUCGACAGUAAGCUGUCCCGGCGCAUCCUCUCCGAGGCGCGCCGUCAGCAGCAGGAGCUCGAGGAGGAGCACGGUCAGUCGUUCGGCGGCGGCGUCCGACUGAGGCCGGACCCGGCCGCCAGCCGGCCGCGCGCACCAGUCCUCGGCGAGGAUGGAGCCUCCUCGGACGAGGAAGAGGACGCGCCCAAUGAGGACAUCUGCGAGGAAAUUGUGGUGGAUGAGGCCGACGAGCGGGCCAUGAUGGCGUUCAUGGCUCGGGAGCCCAAACCGCGCCGUGUGCUCGCCGAUAUUAUCAUGGAGAAGAUCAGGGAAAAGGAGGCUGAACUGCAGACUACCAACUCGGAGGCGCAGAGCGUGGUGGUGGUGAUGCAGGAUCUGCACCCCAAGGUGCGUGAGAUGUACGAGGGCAUCCGUCAGGUACUGGCCAAAUAUCGCAGCGGCAAGGUGCCCAAGGCGUUCAAGGUGAUCCCCAACAUGCAGAACUGGGAGCAGCUGAUCCACGUGACACGUCCAGACACAUGGACAGCGGCCGCCAUGUACCAGGCCACCCGCAUCUUCUCGUCCAACCUCAGGGACAACAUGGCCCAGCGCUUCUACAACCUGGUGCUUCUGCCGCGCAUCAGGGACGACGUCCACUUCUACAAGAAGCUGAACCCGCACCUCUACCUGGCCCUCCGCAAGGCGCUCUUCAAGCCGGGCGCCUUCAUGAAGGGCGUUGUGCUGCCGCUAUGUGAGUCUGGUGACUGCACGCUCCGUGAAGCUAUCAUCAUGGGCUCCGUGCUGGCCAAGAACUCGGUGCCAGUUCUGCACUCUGCGGCGGCCAUGCUGAAGAUCGCCGAGAUGCCGUACACGGGCGCCAGCAGCAUGUUCCUGCGCGUGCUGCUCGACAAGAAGUACGCCCUGCCGUACCGAGUCAUUGACGCCGUGCACGCGCACUUUAUGAGGUUCCACAUGAGCGAUCUCCAGUACCCCGUGCUGUGGCACCAGGCGCUGCUGACGUUCGUCCAGCGCUACAAGAACGACAUGUCCUCGGAGCAGCGGGACCUCCUGCUGGAUCUCUGUAACAGUCAGCGACAUCCUGUCAUCACGCCCGAAGUCAGGCGCGAGCUGCUGAGCGCCAAGGGUCGGGACAGCGCCGGCGCCGCGGAAUCCACGGAGACCAUGGAGUUGUGAGGAACAUGUGCAGGGGACGGGGGUCCGAUCAGAAUGGACGGCAUACGAGACUGACCAGUCGUAUGGGAGUGGUAUGCUGCGUCAGGGCUGGGACGGUCGUGGACGGUGUUUUUGUGGCGGACUGUUGGUUAUAUGUGAGCUGACGUUUAUACGAAGUUACUUGUGAACUGUCGUUUGUGCGUACGGUUAUGUAUGAAUAUGGAAGCGGGGAUGUUGUUGCAAGUGCUGCGUUUGCGAGUGUGCUGGUGUGACCAGAGUAAGACGUGCACGUCUGUAAUACCUCUCUGCGUUUGUGGGAUUGGUGAAGCGGUGUGUAUCUCACAAACUGCAAAUAUAGAUAAAACGAGUGUG